AUGUUUCGAUGCUUUCAGCCGCACGCAGUCUUCAAACCCCAGGCACUCCAUGAUUAUGUAGGGCUACAGCUGCCGUCAUGUCUUAACUCAGAGUCACCCAAAGAGCCCGAACAGCUGCAGAAGCUCUUCAUAGGAGGUUUGAGCUUUGAAACAACCAAUGAGAGUCUGAGGAGCCAUUUUGAGCGGUGGGGAACGCUCACAGAUUGUGUGGUGAUGAGGGAUCCAAACACCAAUCGCUCCAGAGCCUUCGGGGUUGUCACGUGUGCCACUGUGGAGGAGGUGGAUGCGGCCAUGAAGGCAAGGCCACACAAGGUGGGUGGAAGAGUUGUGGAACCAAAGAGGGCCGUCUCAAGAGAAGAUUCUCAAAGGCCUGGUGCCCACUUAACUGUGAAAAAGAUUUUUGUUGGUGGCAUUAAAGAAGACACUGAAGAACAUCACCUAAGAGAUUAUUUUGAACAGUAUGGGAAAAUUGAAGUGAUUGAAAUCAUGACUGAUCGAGGCAGUGGCAAAAAGAGAGGCUUUGCUUUCGUAACCUUUGAUGACCAUGACUCUGUAGACAAGAUUGUCAUUCAGAAAUACCACACUGUGAAUGGCCACAACUGUGAAGUAAGGAAAGCCCUAUCUAAGCAAGAGAUGGAUAGUGCCUCGCCCAGCCAAGGAGGUCGAAGUGGUUCUGGAAACUUUGGUGGUGGUCGUGGAGGUGGUUUUGGUGGAAAUGACAACUUUGGUCAUGGAGGAAACUUCAGUGGUUGAGGUGGCUUUGGUGGCAGCCGCGGUGGUAGUGGAUGUGGUGGUAGUGGGGUUGGCUAUAAUGGAUUUGGUAAUGAUGGUGGUUAUGGAGGAGGCGGCCCUGGUUACUCUGGAGGAAGCAGAAGCUAUGGAAGUGGUGGACAGGGUUAUGGAAACCAGGGCAGUGGCUAUGGCGGGAGUGACAGCUAUAACAACGGAGGAGGCAAAGGCGGCAUUGGCGGUGGUAGUGGAAGCAAUUUUGCAGGUGGUGGAAGCUACAAUGAUUUUGGAAGUUACAACAGUCAAUCUUCAAAUUUUGGACCCAUGAAAGGAGGAAACUUUGGAGGCAGAAGUUCUGGCCCCUAUGGUGGUGGAGGCCAAUACUUUGCCACACCCCGAAACCAAGGUGGCUAUGGCGGUUCCAGCAGCAGCAGUAGCUAUGGAAGUGGCAGAGGUUUUGAUUACUGCCAGGAAACAAAGCUUCGCAGGAGAGGAGAGCCAGAGAAGUGACA